GUAUGAUGAUGUGUGUGUGACUGCCUGCGCGCAUGGGUUCGUGUGGGUGUGUUGCCUUUUUUCUUUUCUUUUCUCGUCUUCCGGCAAACGAUAAAAAAUUUACGCUUCCUUUAUCUUUUUAUCUUCUCAUUCAUUUAUUAACUUGAUUGCAAGUAGCCUGGAUUUUUUUUUGAAAACAUCAUGUGAAGAAAGAAACAACAUAUAAGUUUGUAUAUAUGUAUUGUAUAUAUAUAUAUAUGUAUAUAUUGCAGCAAUAUUAUAAAUAAUGGGGUGUAUAUAUAUUAUUGCAUUGUGUUAUAAUUAUAUACACGUAUAAGAUAUAUAAUAUAGCAAUCGCUCUCUCAUUCUCCUCUCUCUUUAUAUAUAUAUAUAUAUAUAUAUAUAUAUAAAACUAUAGCACACAUACACACACACAGACAAACACACAGACACACACACACACAUGCACAUACACACAUAAUGGAAACAAAGAUACGCAUGUAUGGUUAGUGUAUGUGUGUGUAUAUGAGUGCGUGAGCAGAAAAUACCGAAAGAAAAGCGUAAAUAAGAAGUACAGGAAGCACACAUCGUUGUAAAGAAACUAAGUAUAUAUACAUAAGUUAUAAUAACUAUCUUUGUUACAUAUAUGUGUGUUUGUAUGAAUACACAGUUUUAAGUUGUUAAAAAGAAAACACGAAAAGAGAGGGAAAAUAAGAGAAAAAAUAAGAAAGUGACUAAAACUUCAUCUUCAGAUAACGUUAAGACAUUGGGCACUCACUCAAAAAAAACAACAAAAAAACGUACGUACAUACAUAACAUGCUACACACAGAUAUAUAUGUAUACUACAACAGAUAAUGGAAUAUAUAUGUAUAUAAUUUAGAUACACGUAUUCAGACGAGACACAUGCACUGCAGUCGACAAACAGGACGGCCUGUACGCACAUACACACACAUAUAUAUAUAUAUACAUACCUCUCUUACUUUCGCUUACAAACCACACUCACUCACGCAUAUAUAUAUAUGUAUAUAUAUAUAUAUAUAUAUACACGCAUUGAGUGGUAGCUAGAAAACGUUAACUUAAAUGUAUAAAGAUCAGACGUUACUACAAAGGAAACGAUAUGUGUAUCAUACAUACAUACAGAUUUUAACUACAUACUUUCUAGAGUCGAGACAUUACCAACAUAUGUAGACACACACACAUAUAUACACGCGCGCAUCAUAGGAAUAAUAGUAGUAGUAGUAGUAGUAGUAGUAGUAGUAGUAGUGGUAGUAGUAGGUCUUUCUUCUCUCUCUCCCUAUGUAAAACGGAGGAAUCCUAUGGCUGCUACCACGACUACCGAACUUGUAAACUCUAUAACUACAACUUCACUUUCACUCCUCCUCUACUCCACUUGAAGUAGUGGUUUUUCUUUCUUUCUGUUCUGGAGUGUGUAUGUGUGUAUGUAUGUAUGUGUGUUGGAAAAAAAAAGUUUGAAGACGGCCAAGUGGAAACUCAAAAAGUAAAGUGGGUUCUUUUUUUUUUAUAUAUAUAUAUUGUAUCAUAUAUUAUUAUAUUAUUAUAAAACUGAGUGGAGGGAGGUAAGAGACAAACAGAGAGAAGAGAAAAGACAAGAGAGUGUGGAGUGGAGUGGAGCGGAGCUGAGCGGGGGUGCGAAGAGAAGAGUAGUUUGUUCAAAAAAGUAAAGUGGAUGGAGUAAGAGGGGGCGAAAAAAAGAAAGAAGAAAAAACGAAGAAGACGGAAGGAAAAAGGAAUAAUAAUAAAAAGAAAGAAAGGAGAAGGAGGAGAAGAAGAAGAAUUUAUCAGAGAGUUAAAGUGAAUAAUGUAUGGCCAUUUCUCCGGCGUGCUUUGUGAAUGGUCAACAGUUGGAAAAUCGUCUUCUUUAUAUACUCACUCCCUUGAGGAAGCAGUACCUCGAGAAAUGGACUAUCGUUCACCAGCCGAAUGUUGGUUACCUGCAGUCUCUUCACAUAUUCCUCUAAGAAUGAAUGGGUAUGAUAAGCUUAUACAGGCUGCUGCAAGUCGUUUAAUUGGCUACGACAGCGACUUAGCCAGGUAUGAGGUUCACAAGACAGUAUACAUGAAACAACAGCUUGAAGACCGCUAUCGGUCACUUGAACACAUGCGGUUGAAAAACUCGCUCUGUGCUAAUGAAUCUUCGUCUUCUUCCAUGAACAAAGAACGAAUCCACUCGAGUGAGACCGACAUAGAGUCCUAUCAGCUAGACAACAGUUGUGAAGAGGACAGAUAUAGUUCGUCUUUGAAUUCUCCACCUUCCGGCCCAGCAGCAGCCAGUAGCAUCAACAACAGUAGGGGUCACCCGGACACACCGAUUCCGGACGGUCUCCCGAUGGUCAUAUCAAGGCAUGGAAUGGGACUUCUCAAGACAGAUAUGUCCAACCCUGACACAUCUCAACUCCUUCGUGAGAUAUUACAGAACAAAGAGAAACAUCAGUUGUCAGAGUUAGCUAAGAACAACAACAACAACAACAACAGUAACAACAACAACAACAAUAAUAACAAUAAUAACACUAACAACAAUAAUAACAACAACAACAACAACAACAACAACAACAAUGGCAACUUAAGCAAGCUAAAUGGUACCAACACACUUCAGGACUCUAGUGGCCUUAUAACGAACCUUCUGAAAAACUCUUCACAGCAGCAACUCAAAAGCAACUCAUCUGACGUAGACAAAUUGUCUUGCCAUUCUACGGAAGGUUCGGCAGAAGAGAGCGAUGGAGAGAGUACUAUUGAGCAGAUGACAAAUGAUGAAGAGACAGAUGUUGGUGAUGUAAAAGGAGUCAUCAUGUCUUCCGGCAUGGACUCGCAACUUAUAGACAGCAAAGAAGCGAAAAGGGCCAGAGUUGAGAACAUAAUUACGAGUAUCCGUCAUUCUCCAACCCAUAGCCAAUGCGAUAGUCAAAGCAUGCAAGAACAGAGGCGACAAAAAAGGAAACAGCAUCAGCCGCAACAGCAUGAACUUAGUCCGGAAUUCCAAGAGUCCAAGUUACGGAAAAUCGAAAGAGACGAUCUGGGCCGGCAACUGAUGGAGUUGAAAAACCAGUUAAAUGAUGUCCAGAGGAAAUACACAGCACUAUGCAAUGCGGAAAGCUCGGAAAGAACGGGCGAAGGACAUGAUGAUGAUGACUGUCAUACAGCCACAUCGUUGCAAUCAGUGACCAGCCGAGGCAGCAAAUUAAAUGGAGAAUCAAACCUAAAUAACCGUGAAAACAUAGCUUUUGACAAUUCUGAUAUCGAUCCCGUUCAGCUAAUAAACCACGCAAGCCAAAUGGUCAAGGAGCAGGAAAUUGCUACAAAACGAUCUACUCCUUUGGCCGCAAUGCCUCUACCGUCCGCUGAUGUCCAGGGUUUGGCUUCUUCCCUCAAGUCAGAAAUUAUUCACACAGUCGAUACCAUAGUAAGCCGAUUCGUUAAAAACCAAGCUCUGAAAUCAUUAGAAAAUUCCAGUAACGAAACCAGAACACAGGACCAGGGCCCAAAAGAAAGAGUAAAAUCUCCUGUUAAUAACACUGAAUUCCCAACAGAUUUUUAUGCCAUCCCUAGAGUACACGACAAACAGACUUUAUACGACACGGGCUGUCCGAGCGCUCCUGAUUUGCCGAGGGCUCACAAUCGCCCCUUAUCUUUCGCACCUUCUCAUCAUUCCACCCCGCAGUCGAUACCCUCAUAUUUUGCCCAACCCCAAGUACUCACCUCCCCUGUCUACAGCUCAGAACCAGAACAGACUGAAGCUCUAUCCUUGGUGGUAAACACACCCAAAAAAAAACGCACCAAAGUGACGGACACACGUCUGUCGCCCAGAGCAGCCCGUGCCUUGUUACAGGAAAACUGCGUCCAGGUUACAUCCGCUAUGGCAGACUUGGAUAAACACAUAGCUGGCUCUUACCCCCAUAUUUUACCGCAGAUGUUACCAACUAGUGUAGCUAUUCCAAAUCCAAGUCUACAGCAUUCUGAUAUAUUGGGAUAUUACAGAGAGCAAAAUUAUCUGGACGGGGCUCGUUCGGAUGGUCACUCUCCGUCUAAUGAUCUUGGAUCUCCUGGAAAUACCAACUCUUUAUCCGAACCAUACAUGAUGUUAAAAUCAGAAGGAUUCGAUGUUUCCUCGGAAACAGAUGGAUCAAUGGCACUGAUAUCCUUUGAACUUCACUAAACAAAAUUAUUCCAGGUAUUUUUUUCUUCAUUUCAGAUUUAUGUU